CUCAAUCAUAUUUAUACAGUUAAAAAAAAAGACUGAAUGUCUUGUAAUCACAGCAAAUUGAAAUAUGUCAAAAAUAAACUGACUUCUUUAUUUGAUUUAUUCUAUUAUUUCCAUUAUUGAUCAAUUAAUAAUUAUUUUUAAAUGAAAAUGUAAAGCUUUGUCAUAUGGUGAUGAUAAGCUUGAACAUCUGUAAAAAGAGUGAUUUUUUCCCUUUUAACCAAAUUUAGAUUAAUAUUUUAAAAGGGAAGUAAAAGAAGUUCUAAACAAUUCUGUUAUAACAAAAAAAUGCAUAGCAAAGUGGUAAUCGGAGAUAAAACGGUGAGGAAAAGAUACAUAAAAGGCACUAACAAAAUUAAAACACCAAUCGCUCAAUCGGUGGAAGCUAUAGGUCACAAUAAAUACACUACCAGUGUCAGCCAAAAUUGUGAAACAAAACUCUCAUCAGUUAAAAUAAGAAAACAUUCAACAUGUCAAAUAAGUGACAGUAAAACAACAUUGUACACUAAUAUGAAAAAGUUAUUAGAAACAAAAUACAAAAAGAUCACUUCAAGCACUUCCUCACGAGAAAAAUUAUCUCCAGGAAAAAGUAGAUAUGAUCCCAAGAUUUAUAAUCUAACAAAAGUAAAAGAAAAAACACCUUUCUUUAGAAACCCAGUCAAGAAGAUUUCAAGUACAUCUGCCUCAAAUACAGUAGAUUCAAGAAAUGCAUUGAAAGAGGAUACAUAUCUUAGCAAUGAAGAAUCACUUCCAUCUGAUACAUUGGGAAGUAAAACAGAAACAAAUUUUCAGAAAUCUGAUCCACUUAAAAAUGAUGAAAUGAAAACCACAACAGAAAAAGCAGAGGAAACAUCAAUCAAGAAAAAAAAAACUGAUGAAGAAUCUCUAUUGAGGGAUAAAAACUUAAUAAAAAAUAAGGAUUCAAAACUGAGUGUCAAUUCAACAAAGGGUCAAGGAAAACAUAAAAAAUACAAGAUAUCAAAGAGACUAGCAUCUCUGGCACAACACAAAGAACUGCCAAUUCCAGUUAAAAAAGAUUUAGCUUUCAAACCUUUCAAGGUACCGAAAAGGGCUCUUCUGUUCAGAGAUAGCACCCGUAUAAUAAAAUCAGGGAUGAAUGAAAAAAAUACAUCUCAAACUAUCAAGAUAAAAGGAAAUAGAAAAUGUUUAAUAAAUGUUUUCGAUUCAAAUAGACCUCAUUUUGGCCAUUAUAGAAAAAAAAGAAGACUUGUAAAAACUUCAAAGCCUCAUUUCCCUACACCAAGGAUACUAGAGCUGGCUAAGCCUGUUCCAAAACUUCCUCCUGUUGAUAUCCUGCCCCCAGAGAAGGUUUUCACUGUGAAAAAACGGUCUCUGAAAGCUAGAUGUUCAAAGAGAAUCUCAGAAUUGGCCUUUCCUGUAUUAAGACGUGAAGAUUUUCGGAUCAAGGCUGAGUAUCCAUUUGCUACCAAACGUCGAUCUCUCCGUGCCAAAUGUACCAAAAGGGUCAAGGAACUUGCUAAGCCAUUACCUAGAAGAUGCAGAACCCCCAUCAGAAAGCUAUUCAAUGAUGAUGGGCCAGAAGGUUAGAAAUUACCUUUAUUAUUAGGAGUAAUAAAGGUUUCGUUAUUACCUGGCA